CAGAAACAGCUGAUCAGAUCGGUUAAAAUAAAAGUUGAAUGUUGUCAUUUUGUGAUUUGUGAACGACUUCAAAGUUUUAUUCAAUAUUAUGAUCUUUUACCGUAUUUUUAUUUAUCAAGUUUUUGAGUUUAAUUCCAUAUUUUAUAUUAAGUAUAAGUAGAAUUUCAAUUUUGUUCAAGGUAAUAGAUUUAAAUGCUAGAACUACUAACUUGUGACAUCCACUACAAAUAGGUUAGGAACGUAAUUCAUUUCGUUAAAAAAGUUUUAAAUACUUCUACAUCAUGGCUUUUACAGAAGCUUUCAAACCAAAAGGAUCGAAACACUUAUCAAUUAUUGUUGAUGCAGAUGGGAAAGAAGUUCAAGUUGAAGCCAGAGAGGAUGUGGAGCAGAAAGUAAAACUUGAAGAGAUUAUCAACAUUCUGUAUGCUGCUGGAUAUUUUAGAGCUAGAAUAAAGGGAAUAUCAGCUUUUGAUAAGGUGGUUGGCGGGAUGUCAUGGUGCAUUGAUAGUUUUGAUGUCGAUAUUGAUGUUGACCUGCUUUUCCAAGAAAAUCUGAAUAUUGGUCAACGCAUAUCACUGACUGAAAAAAUAGUUGCAGUUUUGCCAAAAAUGAAGUGUCCUUACCGGAUUGAGCCUCAUCAGAUUCAGGGCCUUGAUUUCAUACACAUUUAUCCAGUUAUACAGUGGUUGGUGAAAAAUUCAAUGGAAAGGAGAAAAGCAAUUCAGCGUUACUACCAUUCCUAUGCUCUUCAUAAGUUCAAAAAGAAGUACACUCUGCCUGAGGAUGAAACUGACUCCACGUUCAAAGAGAAAGCUGGCCACAAUAUUGCCAAUGUACAAGAAAAGUACAGAUUGCAAAGAAAAUUCAGAAGGAGCGGUCCCAUGCCUAAGGAUCGAGCAGCCUGUGUUGCGAGUACUCUGUAUGAGUACGGAAUGAUUACCAGUAGUAAGGACUUUGCAGCCGGGGAGGCCGAUGCCCCCACUGAAGUUCAACCAAAGCAAGAGGUUGAUGCUCAACAAAAACAAAUUGCUAGCUCUAUGACAUCAGCUCCUGAUCAAGAGAACCGAUUAACGGCUGGUGUGGUCGGCAAUAUUGUCAGCAUUGGAGCUGAAGAAAUAGCUAGAGCUGUGGAGCAUUAUACCGAAUUGCAAGCAGAAACUGUGGUAUCUGGUGCUGCACAAAAACGUCAACUAGAAGAGAAGAGUCUUCAAUUGGAGACCGAAACACAACAAUUGGAGCAACAAUUGAAUGAUGCAAACACUCGUUUAGAGAAUCUCAGAGCUGUCAACUCUGAAGAGAAAAAUAACGCCAGGAGUCUCACGGAAUCCGAUCAAGAGAUUUUGAGAAAACUGCAAAAAUUGGUGACAGCAAAUGAAAACAUCAAGCAACAGGAGUUGGCUUUCAGAGAACAAUGUAAGACGGAGCUCACGUCACUUCAAAAUGCCAUCAGAGACGUGGAAGAAGUGGAAGGCGAAUCAGAUAGCGAACGCUUGGGCGAACGACAAGCAGUGGAGCAGCUGGCCGAGAGAGUGACACUAGCGCGUCUCGCGGUGGGCAAGCGAACUAGGGCGGUGGCAUCUCUGCAACGUCAACUCGAUCAGGUGCCAUCCCGCACUGAGCUUGCCCAGUACCAACGCCGGUUCAUGGAGCUGUACGGUCAGGUGGCCGCCAAGCAUGGCGAGACUAAGAAGUUCUACACGCUGUACAACUGCCUCAACGACAAGCACAACUACCUCAAGAAGGAGCUCUCCAUUCUCAACUCCAUACAGGACAGCUAUACUGAAGCUAUGGCUUCUCCAGCAGCUAUGGAUCAGUUUAUGACGCAGUUUGAAGGCAUUCUACAUGGAAUACAGCAAAACAAAAGAAAGGUUGAGCAGAAGCUGAACGAUGAGAAGAGACAGCGAGACCCAGCUGAGUGGUCGUCUGUUGGCACUGAUCGAAUUGCAGCGCCAGUAUGUGUCCGCUCUCAAGCAGCUCAUGGCCGAAUGUCAGACAGAGUCUCACAGACACACCAUUCCCCUCCAAUUAUAAAUAGUAUAGUAUAUGUAUAUACAUUUCACAACAAAAUUGUUUCCUAUCAUAUUUGAAUUCAAAUUAAUUGCCAUAAUCUCUCUAAAAGGGUAUGGCCGAAUGUCAGGCACACUAUUCCCUUCCAAUUAUAAAUAGUAUAGUAUAUUUUUAUAAUAUAUUAUACAUUUCACAACAUUAUUGUUUCCAAUCAAGUUUGGAUUCUAAUUGCUACAAUCUCUAGAACAGCUCAUGGCUGAGUGCCAGAUCUAGUCUCACAUGAACACCAUUCCCUUCAAUUAUAAAUAGUAUAGUAUAUUCAUGUUUUUAGUCUAUACAUUUUACAAUAUUAUUUCCAAUCAUAUCUGGAUUCUAAUUGUUACAUCUCUCAAACAGAAAAUGAAUUUCAAUAAAGGCCAUACAGUAUCGCCUGUUGUCUGUACAGGUACAGAUAUUGUACAGGUAUUGUCUAUAUAGGGAUUGCCUUUACAGUUUAGGUCUGUACAGAUCAGUACAGGCCGAGUCUUACCGACACACCAAUCCCCUUCAAUCAUAAAUAUUAUAUAACAUAAGUUAGUUAUUCGUAAUAUAGUCUAUAUGUUAUAGAUAUAGUAUAUACAUUUCACAACAAUAUGAUUGUUUCAAAUAUAUUAGGAAAAUACAGAUAUUUAUGUAUUUUGUGACUGA